GACAAUUAGACUACCAAUACAACGACUUAUAGUCGAUAUUUUAAUUUACCCUGUACUUUUGCCUUUCAUUGUUUUUGUUUACAUCCCCUCUCAUAAACUGGCCGGCAUCAUUUAUUAGUUGAAGCACAGAGAGAAAUAUGGAAAUUAUGGAACGUUUGAAUCAUGCACUGACAAACGGCUUGAGCAAGGAAGAGUUUUUUCGCUUAGUAGAAUCAGAGCUGAAGGGCAAAAGGCUACUGAAAAGUACCAACAGUACAAUUACUUUAUCUUCUCGGACAUCAAACACACCAACAGAGUACCAUGAGCUACUGAACAAGUUGAACGAACAAGAGGCUCAAUUUAAAUUGUUUCACGAGGAAGAGAAAAAGAGGCACCAAAAGUAUGAAGAUAUGAUGCAUCAGCAGGCCAAACUGUUCCAGCGUUUGCUGGAGGAGAAUAAGUCUCACACGGCUGAAAGUUUUCAAAACCUCAGAGCCGGCCUUCAGGAGGUUAAGGACAUGCUGCACAACACUGCCCAAAUGGAAAAGAGUUUUUUCAGAGAAGAGUUAGGCUCUGCUCAGAGUGACAUGUUUAAUAAAUUAGUCAAGGUUCAAGAUGUGAGUAAAAAUAAGGUGUGUGCAGAAUCAAAAGCCGUGCAACUAAUGCUGCAAGAGUUUAAGGACUUUGUCCACAGUGGGUUUUCACAGAUCAACAAAAAUGUUUUGGCUGUGAAGAGUCACGUCACUCGUCUGUCAUCGCAGAUCCCGCUGGACGUGUCCCACGUCCCCCACGAACCAGACACGAGCAAAGAAACUUUUGUGCAGAAUGUUCCAGAUGCUGAGGUUGAGCCCGACAAAAACCAACCAAUGACCUUUCUUUUGGCUGUGGACAACUUGUUUUAUCAAUUUUUCUGCUUGAUUUUUCUGAUUUUGCCUUGCCCCAGAAUCCAGCCAUUGAACUUGAAAGUGGGCUGGCCAUUUCUUAUAGUUGGAUUGGUCCUGGGCUUCUGUAUUCACUGCGUUUGUAACAGCUUUUGGCCAUCAGAGGAAAACACAGUGUAUGUAGAGAGAAAGAAUGGCUGGCUUGGUCUCUUCUAGCCAGCUGUGUGAAGGUGAAGGUCACUAGUAACUGCUGAACAUCAGAAGGUGAAGGUCACUAUUAACUGCUGAACAUCUUUAGCCAGUCAAGGCAUGAAUAUUUUUUUCUUUCAAAGCUCCAUCAACACAGUGUACCAUUAACUUAUCAUGAUAUUAAUUGCCUUGACAGCAUUAAGUACUUUUUAAAAUGAAAAUAAAAUCCAGUCAGUUUUACUAUUUAUUAUAUUAUAUUGAAUUUUUAAAUACAUUGAUAUUUAUAACAUCAUGAAAUUGUGUGACACUUUUUGUAAAUAAAAAUGAAUUUCAUAU